AUGGUUAUUGAUGAUUUUGAUUGGAAUAACCAAAAAAGCAGCGAGUGUGCUCCCAUGGCAUCCGGCUCAUCUGAGGAAAGUCAACGACACAAUCGCGCCGGCACCUUCUGCGGCUCUUUGGAGAUAUCUCAGCACCGCAAAGGUGCUGCGUGCCGAGCAGCCCAAGCUCACCUUCCGCUCUACCAAGCUCUUCAUCCAUCCAAAACAACACACGGCAACAUUCACGGCAGCAACCCAACUCGGCCCUGCAUCAAUCACAACAACAUCGAAGCACAACCUUCGAGUCAAGAUUGGAAGAAAGAGCCUAGCAGCAUGUCUCAUCCUUGUACUUCCGCAGAUGUCAGUCACGUCACCCAUGAGCCUCCUUCUUACGAUGCGGUUCAGCAAGACAGACAAGUCCAGAACUUCGACGCAAAAGAGUGGGAAAGCGUGCCGAAGAACCUGGUCAUUGUCUACUCCCCUGUUCCCAUUGGAGCAGGUGCCAAUGUCAGCAGGAAAGGAAUCAGCUGGGAAGCCAGGCUCCGAGUAAAGUCCAAGGAUCUUCCGCGCCUCAUGAGAGAGGGCUUCCACUGGACAGUCGCCAACAUCCACCGAGAAGCCGGCUACAUCGAACACCAAGCUAAGGAGCCCGCCAUGGUUGGAGCUGGCUGGAACUGCACACGCAACUAUUAUCUCUCCGACCUCAGCCCGGAUCAGAACUGGACGGCCAAGUUGACAGUCUGCGCCCGGGAUAUAUGGGUCCUCUCGCAGUUUGACGUCGCCAAACUUCGCACUGAGCAAGCCUACGCCGCGGUUGCGUGGACAAAUGUCCAGCCAAGCCAGUACAUCUACAACUUUGACUGUCUGGAUCCCAGAAAGAAUUACAAUGCGAUUUACGACAAUAUGCCGCUGGAAGGAUGGUGGCCAUGGCCAAAGAAACAACCCGACGCUGGCGAUAAGUCUUGA